GGUACAGUUUGGCCUCAGAUGGAAUACUUCUUAAGCACAGCCAUGUCGCUUCUGUGACUGCCCUGAUGUCUCUACUGUGUGUUGGGUCUGGGCCCCUCCAGGACAGGAUUCCAGUCAGGCUGGUGGAGAUCAUGCGGAAGCCCCCGGAACACCGUUCUGUUGCCGAGGUGUCUCUGCUGCACAACAUGCUGAGCGAGUUGGAGUUCUACAGGCGCUACAGCGUCACCCUGCAGCUCCUACUGGCCAGGGUGGUCCGCUACCAGAGGCUGGAGCGCAGCAGGGUGGUGAUCAGGAUCGGCCAUCUAGGGCAGAGCUUCUACUUCAUCUUCACCGGCCUGCUGGCCGUCACCAAAGACAAGGAUGGCACCAGCGCGUUCUUGACCAAGGAGCCCAUACUGAUAAGGAAGGGCAUGAGCUUUGGGGACGUGGCCUUGAUCAAAGGCCUGAGGAGGAACGCCACGGUGGUGUGCAUGGAGGAGACGGAGCUCAUGGUGAUCGACAAGGAGGACUUCUUUGCGAACAAAAUGGAUGUGGAGCUCAAGAGGGAGUUUGACUAUCGCUUCAGCUUCUUCAGGUCAGUCGAGCUUGUGUCUUCCUGGUCAUCCUCUCUCAUUGAGAUGAUGGCAGACCACUCCAAAACACAACAGAUCCGGUAUGGUCGUGUGAUUGUCAAGGACACUAAUGACUUGGGCGACAUCAUUUUCAUUGGCAAGGGCCAGUGUGAUGUGCUGAGGAUGGUGGACCUCAAGUCCUGCAGUACCUACAGACAGCUUCUCAAACAGCACCAACAGAGAAUGCGCGAGAACCAAGCUAAAUGUAACCGACGGCCUGGCCACCCUAAGGACGUACAGACACAGCAGUGCCUCUCCGACAACACGGUCAUGAAACACUUCCCGUCUCCCUCCAGAGGCCUCCCGGCGGAUGUGCCCAAAGUUGCCUGUUUCCUCGUUGACAACCUCUGCCAGGGCAGCACAUUUGGUUUGAAUCAGUACCUGAUGCCCCAGAAGCAGAGAGACUGCCGCAGGUUUGUUCUAGUCAGUCGCAGUGUGGAGAUCCUGCGAAUGGAGAAGACGCGCUUUGAUGAGCAUGUGGAUGACACCACCCUGAAAAAACUGGAGGCUCUUCAGAAGACCUACCCGAGUGAUGAGGAGCUCUGCACCUUUUUCAUGGAGCGUGGUCACUGGAAGGAUUUCAAGAACGGCGUUAUGCAGGACCUGCUACCCCACCAGGAGGAGCCAAAGGCAUCUAAACCCCAGCAGGCUGGCGCUGGUCCCUCUCGGUUCCACCAGCAGAAGAGGCACACAACCAGUUAAUCUAGGCCACUCUCCACACAUCAGUUUUAAUGUUUUGUUUAUUUGAAUGCAUUUCUUGGUAAAGCCUGUCUACCGUAUACCAUAUAUUUUGAGUGCAAUGUGAUUUAAUUGUCAAAGACAAAAUAUUGAGCAUAAAGAAUGGAUGAACAGUUAAGCAUAGAAUGGAUACAUUGGUUCACACUACUUGUAUGACAUCUGACUAUCUAAUUUAGGGGAAUAAUUUAAUUAAUAGUCUGUAUAUUAAGUGGUGUCAGUCAAGUGACGACCAAACUUGGGCUGGGGUCCUUCGCAACCAAGCCCCGCCCUUAACGACCCGUGCUCCACAUCGGCAACGUAAAGGAACAAUAACUGUCGUAAAACCUGCAGCCCAACAACUAAACUACAACCAACUUCAUAGCCUUUAAACCAUGCAAAUCUUCACUCUCAUAAAAUAAAGCAGUUUAAAAGUCACUAUCAGAACAACUGUCACAAAGUUGUGACCUGCUAAGUUUAACAUGUCUUUGUUAAAGCAGCAGCAUUGUA